GCCAAUGGAUAUGUUCGUCAAUAGAUUAUCAAAUAAAGAAAACAAUAAUCCAGUCUUAGUGCCAACCUAAUAUGAAAUUAUGUAAAAGGAAGGAAUAUUUGCUAAAACUAAUAAUUCUCUUUAUACUCAUCAUCGGUUUUAUUAUAGAAAGCCAAGACAAUCAAUCAAUGCAUCUUAAUAGAAUCCUGCAAUUGUUCGCUCAAAUAGUUUUUAAUCAAUCCAUAAGGAGAUUGAAAAAAUAGCAUAACAAUUACAAUCUCAACAAAUUUAUACAUAGACUCAAAUUAAUAAUAAACAACCUUUUAAAGAAAGAUAUCCAACUUAAUACUCUUAACCCUCGAAUACACAAAUAACUGAAGUUGUUGAUAUGCUCGAAAAAGAGAACUUACUUAAAAUUCAUUAACUUAAACCAUGUACACCUAGAAAGAUAUUUACUCCUUAAAUAAAUUAUAAUUUACCUCCUUCAAUAUAUGACAAUAAAAGUAAUGAUUAAGAUAACAGUGAAAAGGUUACUCCACUAUUAAAAAAUAAGUCUUUAUUUAAAAAAACAUUAAAUGCUUCUUUUGAUAAAGUUAAGAAAAUCAAUUCAUCUUAAGAAAAUAGAUAAAAAAGGACACAUUCUUAAUUAAUUAAUAAUGACACUUAUAAAUAAUAACAAAAAUCACUUAAAGAUAGAAUUACUAAUGUUAUAUAAAAUCCAAUAAAGAUUUUGAAUUUAUGUCAAAAAGUAGAAGAAAUUUAGAAUUCUAUCAAUGAUGAAUAGUUAAAGUAAUUAAUACAAUCUGAUCAAUUUAAAAUAGAUUUAUAACUUUUAAUCAAUAAUUCUAAAGGUUCUAAUACUUAAAUGAAAUAAAUUCUUUAAAAUUUUAUGAUAGAAUAAGUCAAAAAAUAGAAAGAAUUACAAGAAGUGGAAUAACAUUUAGAAGGUAUAAGUUAUUUAAUUAUUAAAUAGAAAAAAAAUAAAACUUUAGUAAAAUGCUUAAUAACUAUAUUAAGGAACUUAAAGAUAAACUAUGA